AUGAAGAAUGCUGCUGAAAAAGAGCAAGGUAAACCUACCCAAGAGUACCCGGAGGCACAAACUUCUGAAUUAGGUGAAGAAGUUGAGAUUUUUCGAGCUAUUGCUCAGGAAUACUUUUAUGAAGACUCUGACGAAAAAAUGGAAAUUAUCACUUGGGAAAAUAAUACCACUGAGCCGAUAUGGUGGGAAAAUGAGAAUGAAUUAAUGAAUGCCGACGAAUAUAUGACCCAAGAGUGGGAAGAAGAACUCAUCAAUAGUGAGUUAGAACGAGCAAUAAACUACCAAAACCUCUUACUCGAGUUGGACCGGGAAGCUCAUAGGGAAAUUACCUGA